UAAAAGCAUAUCAUGAGCAUUUGGCCGAUGAAAUCGAAUCACAGUUAUGUGAUCAAACAGUUUAUCUAACUAGAUCCAACAUAAAUAUUGCCUAUAGACUUGCUUGUAAAAAGAUUCACGAAAGAUCAAGCACCACCAAAGACUCAUUGAAAGAAAUAUGGCAGUUAGCAAAUAAGCUAAUCAAUCUAGAAAGAUUGGACGAGGGCAAGGAAACCAAAACCACCAGAUUUUCUUAUGAAGAUGUCUCAUUGUCUGGAGUCCACAUCAAAGCUCUCACAUCAUGUCAAGAUUCCCUAGUGAAAUCUUUGAAUGUUCGUUCCAUGGCAGACAUAUGGUACCAAGAAAAUGUCAUAACCAAGGAAAUGAAGGAAGAUAUCUUAUCAGAACAGACCAACACUCGACAAUGUACAAAAUUCUUGGAACUAUUGAAAAUGCGAUCAACAUAUGCAUUCAACAAAUUUGUUAGCACUCUAAAAGAUACCAAUGAUACCAAUAAGACAGUGGCAAUUGAGCUUGAGCUGUGUUUAUGGGAGUACAACUUAAUUCAAACAAAGGACAACUUGGCACUGGCUAACUAUCUGGUUGAUCAAAACAAAAAGGUUAGAUCAUUGACUGACUUUAUGGCCAUUAAGAUCAACAUAGAAAAGCUCAUGGAGCAGUGUAACAUUCAAGAUUCUCAGCAACUGAGAGAAAAACUGAAACUACCAAAAAUACCUGAAUUUGAGAGAGAGGAGGUGGUUUUAAAACGCCACACUUUCCCAAUGCAAUCUACAGGUAAUUUCACUCCAAUGGACCAAACUUUUCAACCCAUGCCACGUGACUUAUGGUAUAAACUUCUCCAAGAAAUACAAGAAGCACAACUAAAAAGGAGAAAUGGGAAAGCUGACAGCAAUGAUAACCCCUCUUCAAUGAAGUUAAACAAAGAUGAUGUGGAAUGA